AUUUCCUGUAUUAAAGACGCUCUACAAGGCCCCAGCCAUGCCUCCCCUCCCUGCCCCCCUCUUCCUGGUGGCGCUCCAGCUUGUAGGACUCAGGGUUGUCCACUGUGGGGCGUACUACGGACACAAGCAACACCCACAGCACCACCAGCCCAUGCAGCACGUCCAGCACAUGGGCAUUGGUAAGGAGGGAUUCCCCCUGCCACAGUUCCACGGUAAAGAGAUGCCCUACAUGCAGUACCCCCACUACAGGAAGGAGAUCCCCCAGAUGCCCAUGCACAUGGGGAAUGAGAAGGCCCAUAAAGGGGGCGGCUACAACGGCAGGCAGGACAAAGGUCAGACAGUCCCCAGCGGUGCUGAAGGAAUGCCCCAAGGUGAGCCAGGUCUAGCCGGGCCUCCCGGACCAGAGGGACCCAUGGGACCUCCUGGACCUCCUGGAAACGGACAGCCGGGGCCUGCUGGAAUACCGGGCCCUCUAGGUCCACCGGGGACACCUGGGGCGGGCAAGCCAGGUAUGCCGGGACUGCCGGGCAAGCCAUGUGGAAAUGGUGAGCAGGGGCCACAAGGAGAAAUGGGUCCCAGCGGCAGCGAAGGCCCCAUUGGACAGCCGGGGCCUCAAGGAUCUCCAGGACCGCCAGGGCUGCCUGGAAUAGGAAAGGCAGGAGGUCAGGGUCUUCCAGGCCAGCCAGGAACCAAAGGCGAUCCUGGGCACAAAGGCCUGCCGGGCCUGCCGGGAUUACACGGACCCAAAGGGGACAAAGGGAUGGGCGUGCCGGGACAACCGGGACACAAGGGUCUCCCUGGCCCCCGAGGGCCCCCCGGCGCGGGUGGGCUACCUGGCAUCGGGAAGCCGGGUGCGAACGGACAGCCAGGGCAACACGGACCGCCAGGGAAGCCUGGACCUCUGGGCCCAAAAGGACAUCCUGGGCCCUCCGGAACGGGAGGGGAGCCCGGGCCACCGGGUCUACCUGGUCAUGGGAGACCAGGCCAGAACGGCCUGCCUGGACAGCCAGGACCCCUAGGGAUGAAAGGUCAUCCCGGACCCCCGGGACUUCCUGGGAAGCCAGGACUACCUGGUUUUGGAAAACCAGGAUUCCAAGGGCCCAAGGGGGAUAAGGGUAUGGGUGGUCAACCGGGAGGUCCAGGACCUGCUGGAGAUAAAGGUCACGGUGGUCUGCCUGGUAUGCUUGGACCUCCUGGGCCAAAUGGGCAACCGGGUUCCCCAGGUGUUAUUGGGCCGUCAGGCAGUGGUGGAGCCCCUGGUCCUAAAGGAGACCAAGGAGUAGGGGGACCAAAGGGGGUCGAUGGGGUCAAGGGAGAUCCUGGCCUGCAGGGACUUCCUGGAAAGGAUGGUCUACCGGCAGAGCUUGGUGAGCCAGGACCCAGAGGUCCACCAGGAACCAUUGGGCCAAAAGGAGAAAACGGGCACAAAGGUUUACCUGGGGCCCCUGGUUCAACAGGACUACCAGGUCCAAAGGGACAAGGCGCGGCUCCUGGUGAACUCGGGCCCCAAGGUCCUAAAGGCAUUCCAGGGCUGGAUGGUGCAGCAGGACCUAUCGGACCACCUGGUCUUCUUGGUCCAAAAGGAGACAGUGGCGCUCCUGGUGGGCCUGGCAUUGCAGGUGUGGGGACUCCAGGUGUCAUUGGCCCAAUGGGACCCCCAGGGAAGGAUGGCAUAUCAGGACUGCCCGGAAAACCAGGUGAACCUGGUUCCCCCGGACCUCCGGGCCCACCUGGAACCGCUGACAUGAAUCCGGAUUUGAUGGGAGUCCUCCCGGGGAUGGGCCCUGAAAUCGAUGGGGUCAAGGCUGGUGGUUACGGAACGAAGGGGAAGUUUGGGGAAAACGGGGCAGAGGUAUUGGGGGCCAGUGGCUUGGAAAUGCCAGCGUUUACAGCUUUAGUCACGACACCCUUCCCCCCAGUGGGUGCCCCCAUUAUCUUUGACAAGCUGUUGUAUAACGGCCGCCAAAACUAUAACCCUCAGACAGGUUUGUUCACAUGUGACAUGCCCGGCAUAUACUACUUUGCUUACCACAUUCACUGCAAAGGGGCCAACAUAUGGGUGGCGUUGAUGAGGAACAAUGAGCCUGUGAUGUACACAUACGAUGAAUACAAGAAGGGUUACCUGGACCAAGCGUCGGGCAGCGCAGUGCUCCCUCUACAACCGGGGGACACUGUGUACAUUCAGAUGCCCUCCGAUCAGGCCUCAGGACUUUAUGCUGGCCAGUACGUCCACUCGUCCUUCUCAGGGUAUUUAUUAUACCCAAUGUAAAAAUGAAAACAACACAUAUUCAUUUUUUGUAAAAUAAUAAUGUUCGGUCAAAAUAGGAAGGUUUAUAACAGGAUGACACAAAGUAAGGCCUAAUUCUGAAAUACAAAUCAGUGUAUAGACAUUAAAAAUGUCAACAAUCUGUAGUGGGUGGUUGACAGAGAUUAAAGCCUUAUUAAACAGAAAGGUAUGAGUAUGAAUGAGUGUGUUCAAUGAUUUUCAUAUUUACAGACAUAAAUAAACAAAUUGAAUGUGUAACCUUGCAAAAUGUUUACGUGAAAUUGUGCUCUACACAAUGUAUGUGAACCUUCAAAUCCUGUG